AUGGAUCUUACCGCACCCGCAGUCGCCGAAACAGAGCAUUUUGACUCCUCUGCCAGAGUCGAAGAAGUCGCCUCCCAACUCGCUUCCCUAAUCCGCCAAGCAGAGCACUUCAUUGUGUACAGCGGCGCCGGAGUCUCCACGUCCGCAGGUAUUCCUGAUUUCAGGGGGCCGGAGGGUGCGUGGACGAAAAGGGCGCAGGGGAAAGAGCUGGAAUUCGAUGGGAACAAAACGCUGACGGCGGUGCCCACUGCGACGCACAUGGCGCUUGUGGCGCUACAGGAGAGAGGGAUGCUGAAAUGCAUCCUACCAGACUUCCGCGCCGUCUCCACAUACGAAAAGUCCUACUCCGAUCACCGCACUGGUCGCAAAUGCGCCGUCCCAGGCUGCAACGGCGCCCUGCACGAUACCAUCAUCAACUUCGGCGAGCAGCUCCCCAAAGCAGCCAUGGCCCGCGCGACAACGCACGCCAAAAAGGCCGAUCUAUGCCUCGUUCUUGGAAGCUCGUGUCGCGUCACCCCCGCAAACUCGAUCCCAGAGUACGUGGGAAGUAGUAAAAAAGCUCGAUUAGCAAUUUGCAACUUGCAAGACACACCGCUGGAGGAUGUCGCUGAUAAGAAGCUAAGAAUCCAUACGAAGACCGAUGACCUGAUGUCGCUUGUCAUGGAUAAGUUAGGUAUAUUGAUUCCGCCAUUCAUACUCCGCCGCCGGGUCAUCAUCAGCAUGACCUCCCAGCAAAGCGACCGGCAUCAGCUCAUUGUGACCGGAGUCGACGUAGACGACACGCCGGCCUCCUUUCUCCGCUCAGUUAAAGUAGAAGGUAGUAGGAGAGGGGUGCGGACAGAACCGUUUGUGCUGGGUAUUCGUGAGGAGCUCGAUGUUGGGGCGGCGGUGAAGAUAGAGCUGGAGUUCAUGGGGCAUUAUGGGGAGCCGAAUGUUAUUGUUGCGCAUGAGUAUCCUGGGCAGGGUGGGGGCUCGAGUGCGUACGGGUUAGGGUAUGAUGUUUGGACGAAAGGGUGGGAGGUUAGCCAGCUGUGA